AUUUUAUUGAUUUAUUUGACAAAAGUGCCCGUGUCUUAAACAUUGGAAAUUUGGAAGCGGAAGAUGCCACCAGUACUUGUUAGUCUUUCUGUUGGCAGAAAACGAGCCCAAAGCGCGAGCGAAAGACGUUUCACUGACAACAACCUCAGCUAAGCGGCUGAGCAAUUCCCAGACAUUAACGUGAGACCUAAAUCCUUUUCAAAGACGACCCGAGCUCUGACCAUCAUGUUUCUUCGCCGACUUCUACCUCUAUCAAGAAGGCUCUUCAGCAGUAACAGUUCUAAUGAUCCUGCGAGCAUCAUUGCAGAGCUCAAUAAGGAAAUGGAAUCUGUGUUUGGUGAACCUCCUUCCAGUACUCAUCCCAAUUCUAUUGACAACAAUGUAAUGGCUGCUCAAGAUUCCCAGUCUGUAUCUCCAAAAAUAGUGGAAAAUGACUAUGGCUUGACCCACGUUGGCAGCAAGGGUGAAGCCCAAAUGGUAGAUGUCUCUCCCAAAGAAAACACCAAGAGAGUUGCUGUUGCUACUUGCAAAGUUAUUCUGGGCAGGAAGGUGUUUGACUUGGUAUCAGCCAACCAAAUGGCCAAGGGUAAUGUCCUUAGUGUGGCGAAAAUUGCAGGAAUAAACGGGGCAAAGCAGACAAGCAACCUUAUCCCACUAUGCCACAACAUCAAAUUGACUCAUGUUCGCGUUGAUCUUUCAUUGAAUCGUAAUGAUUGUAGUGUUGAAAUAGAAGGGGAAGCUGCUUCUACAGGGAAAACUGGGGUGGAAAUGGAAGCAAUGACAGCAGUGUCUGUUGCUGGCCUAACAGUAUAUGAUAUGUGCAAGGCUGCUUCCAAGGAUAUCCAGAUUACAGAUGUACGGCUUGAACACAAGAGUGGUGGGAAGAGUGGAGACUGGUCCAGGGAGGAAUGAUGAUUUCCUUGAAAACUAAGAUGAAACAAAAACUUGGAUAUAUCAUUUUCCUUGAGAUGGGUCAAGAAGAAGAGACAUUGUCCGAGAGGUACGGUCGGGAGAGGGGUUGGGCUACGGAUUAAUGUACAUGUAGGAAAGGAGGUUUCUUUUCUUCUCAAGAAUUAACCUUUAAUUUUGGUUGUCCCACAGCUGGAAAUGAUUGGGUAUAUUUCUGAUUGCUUUCUUUAUGAUGUGUGUGAUGCAACAUUGUGUCUAAUGCUUGCAGUUGAACUCUCUUUUUUUUA